GAUUUUCAAGUCCUGUGCAGUAGAUAAAAGCCAUUUCAUUUCACAUAAACCAUACAAGAAGGGUUUGGCGGCAACGUUUCAGAGGGAGGGUUUGGGAGAAUGGGUCGGUGCCGAGCUGCGUCGCGGCCCGCCGACGAUGACCCCAACCACAGGUCAAAGAGAAAAAGGGCUGCUUUGAAUGUAGAAAGUCCAGAAACUUUACCUACAGGCCAUGGAUUAGCUGAUAGUAAGGUAUCACUUUAUCACUGUAAUUACUGUAACAAGGAUAUUUCGGGGAAGAUUCGCAUCAAGUGUGUUGUGUGUCAAGAUUUUGAUCUCUGUAUAGAGUGUUUCUCUGUUGGUGCUGAGUUGACACCUCACAAAAGCAAUCAUCCGUAUCGAAUUAUGGAUAAUCUAUCUUUUCCACUUAUAUGUCUAGAUUGGAAUGCAGAUGAAGAGAUGUUACUUCUAGAGGGCAUUGAAAUGUAUGGAUUUGGGAAUUGGAAUGAAGUUGCGGAAUAUGUUGGAACAAAAAACAAAUCUCAAUGUAUUGACCACUAUAAUGCUGUAUAUAUGAAUUCACCAUGUUUUCCUCUCCCUGAUUUGUCUCAUGUUAUGGGAAAGAGCAGAGAGGAACUCCUUGCCAUGGCAAAGGGACAUGAAGCCAAGAAAGAAUUUCCUCCAACUGCAGAGCUUACUCUUAAAGAAGAACCUCCCUUUUCUGACGGAAUAAACUAUGAAGAAUCCAAGAAGGCAGAAAUCACUAAUCAAAAAGUGUCUAGGUUAACCUCAGCAUGUGGCAAAGCUUAUUCAAGUACAACUAAGAAGGCUUCCAAUGUGAGCCAGAGUAAUGAUGGAGUUAAGGUGGAAGUAGAAUCUCAAGCUGAUCGGAGCAUUGGAGAGAAGAAACCUAAAAUAUCUGGAGAAGAUAGGCCUUCUAUGACAGAGUUGAGUGGAUACAGUUUUAAAAGAGAGGAAUUUGAAAUUGAAUAUGACAAUGAUGCAGAGCAAGUGUUGGCAGAUAUGGAAUUUAAGGACACUGAUACUGAAACUGAACGUGAAAUGAAAUUGCAUGUGCUCCAUAUCUACUCAAAAAGAUUAGAUGAACGGAAGCGCAGAAAGAAUUUCAUACUUGAAAGAGAUUUACUUUAUCCUGAUCCUUUUGAGAAAUCUCUCUCAUCUGAAGAGCUUCAAAUAUGUCAGCGUUACAAGGUCUUCAUGCGGUUUCACUCAAAAGAAGAGCAUCGGGAGUUGCUAAAAAAUAUUAUUGAAGAACACCGGCUUGCCAAAAGAAUACAAGAUUUACAGGAUGCUCGAAUUGCUGGCUGUGUAACCGCUGCUGAAGCUUAUCAAUAUAUUGAACAAAAGAGGACAAAGGAAGCUGAAUCAGGUACAUGUAAAGAAAUUGGUCACAUUGGAACAAGUGCUAAGACGGUACAGAGGCCCAGUUAUUUCAAAGGAGAACUUGAUAGUAGUCCACAGGGUCUUCAAAAGGGGACUACAGCUUUACUUAAUGGUGCCAAAGAUUCAUCUACUGUCAUACAAGCUAUCACAAGGUCGCUAGAAGAGUGGGAUAUUAGUGGAUUUGCAGGGGCUGAAUUGCUAUCUGAAUCUGAGAAAAAUCUUUGUAAUGAGAUCAGAAUACUACCGUCACACUAUCUCAACAUGCUGCAGACAAUUUCAUUAGAAAUUUCAAAGGGCAGUGUAACCAAGAAGUCUGACGCACAUACACUGUUUAAGGUAGAUCCAAGCAAGGUUGACAGAGUUUAUGAUAUGCUUGUGAAGAAACGAGUUGUAAAAGAAUAAUGAUGCAAUUUCAGUUACUGUACUAUUACUGGAAAAUAAAAAAUGAGAAAUCUUGGUUCAAGAGGGAUGAUUUUUUCGUUGUACAAGUUCCUUCCUCAACAAUGGAUUGCCAUCUUUUUCAUUCCUUUGGCAUUUUCAUCUUUUAGUGCAUACUUGGGUAUAUAGAAACUGGAUUUCCGUGAUGCAAUGAUGGAUAAAAAAUCCCAUCCUGCAAGAUCACUUUCUUUUUUUGUCUUUCAAGUUUCAUGUUUCUUCCUGUUAGUAAGGUGUCGUGCACGUAAAUUAUGCUCUUCAUAUUUGCCAUAUUCAAGCAAACUUUUC